UCCCUUUUUAAGGAAUUUAAACCUUUCUUUCAAUGAUCUAGAGGGAGAGGUACCAGUAAAGGGAGUGUUCCAAAAUGCAACUGCAAUUUCAAUUUUGGGAAAUAAAAAGCUCUGUGGGGGUAUACCUGCACUACAAUUGCCAACAUGCACUUCUAAAAAACCAAGAAAGUUAAUUAUUCCCAUAGUUUUUGGGGUUUUGGGUAUUAUUUUGGCAUCAUCUGUUUUAAUCCUUUAUUGUCUUAGAAAGAUGAGAAAACAAUCUCUUGUGGCAUCUUUUUUGAUGGAUUCAUUUGGGAAUAUCUCAUACGGAGAUCUCCUCAAAGCAACGAAUGGGUUCUCUUCAGACAACUUGAUUGGUAUAGGAAGCUUUGGUUCAGUAUACAAAGGAAUUUUUCAUCCAAAUGAAAAGACUAUUGCAGUGAAGGUACUCGACCAACAAAAUAUAGGAGCUUCAAAAAGUUUUCGGGCUGAAUGCAAAGCUUUAAAAAACAUUAGGCAUCGAAACCUCAUCAAGAUUAAAAGUGCUUGUGCAAGUGUUGAUUUUCAAGGUAAUGACUUCAAAGCCCUUAUAUAUGAGUUCAUGGAAAAUGGGAGCCUUGAAAGUUGGUUGCAUCCAGUUUCACAAACAGGUACUACCCAUGAGCAACCAAAAUGUUUAAACCUUCUUCAACGAUUAGGUAUAGCAAUUGAUGUGGCUUCUGCUUUGGAUUAUCUUCACAACCAUUGCCAUGUCCUAAUCAUACAUUGUGAUAUAAAGCCAAGCAACAUUCUUCUUGACAGUGAUAUGACUGCCCAUGUCGGUGAUUUUGGUUUAGCAAGGCUCCUACAAAAUCGCAACAAUGAAGUUUCUCAUAGCCAAAAUAGCUCUGUUGGUAUAAAAGGAACCAUUGGAUAUGCAGCACCAGAAUAUGGCACAGGGAGCAUGGUGUCCACUGGUGGGGAUGUAUACAGCUAUGGAAUCCUCUUAUUAGAAUUGUUCACAGGAAAAAGACCCACUGAUGGCAUGUUUAAAGAUGGCUUGACCCUUCACAUGUUAGCUAAGUUAGCUCUUCCAGAAAGAGUGAUGGAGAUUGUUGAUGAGAAACUUGUACCAGUGGUAGAAGAGGAGGAAACAGCCAGCAAAAAUUCUAGGAGAGAAAUGGGAAGGGGAAAAUUCCUUGAGUGCUUAAUUUUGAUACUUAGGGUUGGAGUUGCGUGCUCUGUGGAAUCCCCACGAGAACGGAUGACCAUUGUUGAUGCAGCUAAGGAACUACAUUUAGUUAAGGACAUGCUACUUGGGAGAAGGAUUUCAAGCAAUGUGCAAAUAGCUUCAAAGGGGUAAUUCAGGUACUCUCUUUCGGUGUUGUUAUGUAGUUUCAAGGAAAAGUCUAAGAAUAUAGAAAGUUUCAAAUAUUUUUUUAUCUUACAUUGGUGUAUACUGUGUUCGGAACUUUACGUGUUCCUAGCACAACCCUCGUUUAAAUUUUCCGUUUAACUUAUGUUAGUUGCCUAGAAAUGAAAUACUGAAAAUUCCACAGAAGGUGGAGCUCACAUGUUGGGCACACCCUUUUGUUUUUGUUUUGUUUUUUGUGAAACUUUGUGUUCCAUUUUUUGUGUAAUAAAUAAGCUUUUGAUUUUCCUUU